ACACACAAUCACACAAGCAGCAGCACUAGCAAGAAACUUUCCAACACAGAGAAUUUGGAUUCGCGUCAUCAUCACUUUCACUUUGUGAAGCCACAGAAGGAAGAAUGACCGGAGUGGAGAACCAAGCUGGGCGGCACCAGGAAGUCGGCCACAAGAGCCUGUUGCAGAGUGAUGCUCUCUACCAGUAUAUUUUGGAGACUAGUGUGUACCCUAGGGAGCCUGAAGCCAUGAAGGAGCUCCGUCAGGUCACUGCAAACCAUCCAUGGAACAUAAUGACCACCUCUGCCGAUGAAGGACAGUUCCUCAACAUGUUGCUUAAGCUCAUCAAUGCCAAGAACACCAUGGAGAUUGGAGUCUACACCGGCUACUCUCUUCUCGCCACCGCGCUUGCCCUCCCCGAAGAUGGCAAGAUUUUGGCGAUGGACAUUAACAGGGAGAAUUACGAAUUGGGUCUUCCCAUAAUCCAGAAAGCAGGUGUUGCUCACAAGAUUGACUUCAGAGAAGGCCCUGCUCUUCCUGUUCUUGAUCAAAUGCUCCAAGAUGGGAAGCACAAUGGCAGCUUCGACUUCAUCUUUGUGGAUGCGGACAAAGAUAACUACAUCAAUUACCACAAGAGGUUGAUUGAUCUCGUCAGGAUCGGAGGUUUGAUUGGCUACGACAACACACUCUGGAAUGGAGCGGUGGUGGCUCCACCGGAUGCGCCAUUGAGGAAGUACGUAAGGUAUUACAAGGAUUUCGUUCUGGAGCUGAACAAGGCCUUGGCCGCUGAUCCGAGGAUCGAGAUCUGCCAGCUUCCGGUGGGCGAUGGCAUCACUCUGUGCCGCCGCAUCAGCUGAUUAUUCUCCACAUUCUGAGUUUUAAUUGUACAUUUUUUUUAUAUCAUUACUACCCAUCAUGGUAUUCUCUACUUGCGGGUUUUGCUUUGUAAUUGCUUUAUAAUCAAGUUAUAAGGGUAAU